AAUCUCAGUUCCACCUCUGAUUUUGCGCCUGUGAGAAUGUUGCGCCUGUUGAGUAAACGUUUGUAUUGCAAGAUUGCAACAAAAUCGAAUGAAAAGGCCACAAAACUGGACUUUAAGCAGCUGACGCAUCCAACAAAGGUGCCGCAGACACCAGUGGACGCGGAGUUUCCCGACACCAGCUCCUCCGAAAUCCAGAUCGACACGAAAACCAUACAGUUGCUGGAGCGACUGUCGUUGGUGGAUCUGGAUAGCGAACGGGCGCUUGCCACGCUGAAGAGCAGCAUCCAGUUCGCAAACAAGAUUGCCCACAUUAACACGGAGCACGUGCGUCCACUGUACACGGUGCUGGAGCAGCAGCAGCUCCAGUUACGCAACGACCAGGUGACCGAGGGUGACUGCCGGGCGGAAGUGCUCCGGAACGCGAAGGUGACGGACGAGGAUUACUACGUUUCGCCGCCGGGCAACAUUCCGCUGGAGCAAUGA